AUGGCGUCUUCUUCUCUAUCAACUCUUUGCAGCUCUACUUCGUCUUCUCUUCAUCCCAAAUCUCAUCUCUCACAUUCUCUUUCGUCUAAACUAUCCUCCAAAGCAAAUGUUUCCGUCCAAUUUCUGGGGAGAAAACAGUCCCCGCUUCUCUCCUCAUCGCCGAGAUUUCUCACCGUCAUCGCCAUGGCUCCGCCCAAACCCGGAGGCAAAGCCAAAAAAGUUGUCGGAGUGAUAAAACUGGCUCUGGAGGCCGGGAAAGCAACUCCGGCGCCGCCUGUAGGUCCGGCGCUUGGUUCGAAAGGAGUCAACAUUAUGGCUUUUUGCAAGGAUUACAAUGCCAGAACCGCUGAUAAAGCCGGUUACAUCAUUCCCGUCGAAAUCACAGUCUUCGAUGAUAAGAGCUUCACGUUUAUCCUCAAGACCCCUCCUGCUUCGGUUUUGUUGCUUAAGGCUGCAGGUGUUGAGAAGGGAUCGAAAGAUCCACAGCAAGAUAAAGUUGGGGUGAUAACAAUCGACCAACUGCGAACGAUCGCAGCAGAGAAGCUGCCUGACCUGAACUGCACGACCAUUGAAUCAGCGAUGAGAAUCAUUGCAGGAACUGCAGCUAACAUGGGGAUAGACAUAGAUCCUCCGGUUCUUGAGCCUAAAAAGAAAGCGGUUUUGCUGUAA